AUGGCACACCACAAUGACAACUCAUGUGCUAGCUCAGAGGCAGCAAGAGUCGCAGCAGCGACACUCAUCCAGCGAAUGUGGCGAGGCAAGAAUCAUAACCUAGCAAAAGAUGAGUAUCUAAAUCCUGAAUCACGCUGGGAUGAUGCAUUGAACCAUGCCAAGCUUGCAGUCAAUAGAAACGGUGCACUUGAUGGACGGAAUAGUCCACGAAGGAGAUGGAUACGGGCGACCUACUUCAUCGGCCAAUUGAGGGACAAGAACAAGAUGUUGAAAGAGGAAGGCGUCGAGGUCGACGUUGAGGAUAAACACCUUGAAACACAGCACUGGCUUGAGCUUAUCGAUAGCAAACAUCGUUAUGGUUCCAAUCUGAAGUGGUAUCAUAAGAAGUGGCAAGGAGAGAAUACAACAGACAACUUUUUUAAAUGGCUCGAUCAUGGUGGAGGAAAGGAUGUAUCCUUUGAUGAAUGCCCUCGUGAGCGACUGGAAAAAGAGCGGAUUCUGUACCUGUCUGCCGAGCAGCGUGCGUACUACUCUCGCUUCCACUUCAACGACGACGGAAAGCUCCUCUGGGCGAAAAAUAAUCUGCCUGUGGAUACUACCGCUGGACACUGGAAAGAUACUGGAGACGGCCAAGGCAUUGUCCCACAAGACAUGCCUAGCAAACCAGCAUCGGCAACCACCAACAGUGAACCGUUCACAAGUGCAACGUUAAGUGAUUCGAAAGACCAGGACAACGCCGCGACGCACUAUGCGGGACAGCCCACUGAGAAACACGGGUUGUCGAGGUAUUGGCGCCGAUAUUUCACGCUCCGAGGGAUGAUGGAGAGGUUGUUGCGGAAGACGGUCAAGAGAAAUACGUGUCGGUGA